AUGGAGGGCAAAUCGAUGUUUUAUGGGGUUCGAACGGGUUUGCCGCUAGCCAUCGGCCUAAUCAUUGGUGUUUUGUUAUCGUUAUCCGUGUUAAAUAUCGAUGAUGAUUUGGUUUUGUUAACGACGACAAAAUGUUCUCUGGCAAGCUUACAAUCACCAUCAUUAUCGCUUGAAGAUGAAUUAUCUUCAGAACAUUGGGAAGUGAUUGUCAAAAAGUUGACACCAAUAUCGAAUAAUAUGCAACAACAAUCAACUAAGUUUGUUCGACCUCGAUUUGUGGCGUCAGAAUUGGGAAUUCGUGAGAAAUUAAUGGUCAUAAUAUUCGGUCAAUCGUCGUUAAGCUUAUCAUUAAAUAUGUCUUUAGCAAAAUAUGUACCUCGAGUUCAUAUAUUUGUGGAUGCAGCGCAGUUCAGCAUAGAUUUGUCGAACUCUCGCGAUACUACUAUUUAUCGAUCAAAUGGCCAACAUGCACAUAUUGUGAUAUUAAAUAAUAUAUUCAAUAUGAGGUUAAUAGAACAGAUGGAAGAUCUAUAUGACCUUGCAGAUGUUUUUUAUGCUGACAGGAACGUAUAUCCUGAUCAAAAGGAAAUCAAAUUAAUCAGUUGGAAUAAACUUGUUGCGAUUAGUGGUUAUCUUAGUGGAAAUGGCAAUAACGACGAUCAUGGUUGUGUUCUGGAAUCUGGAAUUUUAUUGUCAUAUCCGGCAAUGAAAACAAUUCUUGAGCGACGUUCUGUAUGUAAUUCUAUAGUGAUGAAUUCGGAUUACUCAGCUUUUGAAGAAUGCAUUCAUCGUGCGAUGAAUCGUUCUUGCAUCAAUCAUGAAAAUGCGGUAGGUGUUGGUGGUGAUAUAUCAAUUCAUGAUGCUAUUAUGUGGUGGUCUUCAUCUCCGAAUUUCAACAAAUCGCUUAGUGUGUCUCCUUUGUUGUCAGAUAGUGAUGCUAACACAUUGCAUCAGCACUUUAUAAGUGUUGAAUUGGACUGUAUCGACCGAGAAAUUGACAAGCUAGUGACUGAAAUAGAAAUUUCUUCGUAUGAUAUAGCCGAUGGGCCAACGUGGCCAGCUGCUGUUUCACCUUAUUCGCGACCCCUUAAUAGGCAUCAGGUUGCUAAAUGGCAAUAUUUCACUAAUGUAGAAAUAUUUAAAAAUGAAUUGGAUCAAAAUAUGGAAUUACUGUCCGGUGAAGACAAAUCAGAUAUCUUAGAAGUAAUAGCAGCGGCGAGGGAAUUUGCGGAAAGUAAAUCUGGCCCAGCAUUUAACCAAGAAUUUUUGCAAAUGCGGAAUGGUUAUCGUUUGUUUGAUCCAGUUCGUGGAAUGGAUUAUAUUCUUGAUCUAAUGUACCUUGAUGGAAAUACAGUAGUGCACCGAAUUCAUCUCGUACCAUAUGUAAAAGAAGAUACUGAUUUGACGAUUGUUAUACCACUUGGUUCAAAUGAAGAAGUGAGAGCUGUUCGCUAUCUUCUUGCACGAUUUAUACGACUUUGCUCAGCUGCAGUAGAUGAUCCUCGUCAAACUCGUCUUGUUGUCGCUGUACGAGGAGUUAACCCCUCUGCAAUUCGCCUCAUCAAUAAUGAUAUUAUUGAAUUAAGAAUACAGCAAACGAUGUUGCUCAUAUUAAAAUCAGAUAGUCAUCCAGUAAUAGCAGCGGCUGCGUUAGACGAAGCUGUAGGACAUUUUGGUGACCAGAUGAUUUACCUAUUAUUAUCACCUUAUGCAGAUAUUCAGAGAGAAUUUUUAGAUCGGGUUUUCUUUCCAAUUCCUUUUGUCGAAUUCAAUCAACAAAUCGUCAGCUCGUACGAACUAUUUCAACGAGCACUUAAAGAUGGUUUCCAUAAGAAAGAUAUUGCACAUAAUAAAGGGAAAGAUAAUGUGGAUGGAUCUCUAGUUAAGAAUUCGCUAAGAUUUUCGGCAAUUUUACGUAAUAGUCAAUAUAAAUCGAAUAGACCAGCAGUUGUGCAUAAAGAUCAGGGUCAUUUCGAUAUAUCAGAUUAUUCGAUUCUUUCAAUUUAUGGACUCGAUUUUUUGGAGUUUCGUAAACUUCUUCCUGAGAAAGUACUACGUUUUGAUCUGUCAUCAUUAUUUCUAAAUCAAUCGGAUAUACAUAUUUUACGUGCAAUAGAACCAUCAUUACGAUUGCAUUAUCAUUUUCGUUCUUGUGAUAUUCUUCUCCCAAAAUCGGAAUAUUUUCGUUGUAUCAAUGGACGUCGCGAGAAUAUCGCUACGAAAGCACAAUUAUCGAAUUUCUUUUUUAGCAGCCAAGAUGUGGAUGAUAUCAUUGAGGAUUCAUAG